AUGUCUAGUUCGAGACGAUAUAUCAAAUUCGAUGCUGAUGUGGAAACCCCAGAGCCAAAUACUCCACUUCCCUUGAAGAAAGAUGAUCCAAAAAUCACGAAAAAGCUUUCAAGAGUAUUCUCAGAGGACUACGUAAAAACCAAAAACACAAUUCUUGAUCCUCGAGGCACAACUUUGAGUCAAUGGAAUCAAGUCUUUCUAAUUGCAGCUCUUGUUUCACUUGCUGUAGACCCUCUCUUCUUUUACUUGCCGAUAAUCAAAGAUGGAAUGUGUCUAGAUGAAGAUAUUAACCUCAAAAUAUCCCUCACUAUCAUACGUUCAAUCGUUGAUAUCUUUUAUGCAAUCAAGAUUUACAUUCGGUUUCAUACUGCUUACGUGGCACCUUCUUCCCGCUUACUUGGAAGAGGAGAGCUCAUUCUCGACUCUUCAAGUAUUUCUCAGAAGUAUCUAAGUGGUGAAUUUUGGCUCGACCUCAUGGCUACACUUCCUGUACCACAGGUAAUGACUUGGUUCCACAUUAUUGAAAAAACCGAGAUGAUAAGUACAAAAACGAGCGUUUUAUACUUUAUCAUGUUUCAAUUCGUUCUAAGGCUUUGUCUUACAUUUAGACUAGGGUCUCAAAUAUCAAAGCAAGCUGGUCUUGUGGCUAAUGUAGCUUGGGUUGGGGCUGCUUACAAUCUCGUUCUUUUCAUGUUGGCUGCUCAUGUUAUCGGAGCAAUGUGGUAUCUUUUAGCCAUUGAAAGACAAGGGUUAUGUUGGGUGGAGAUAUGCGAUAAAGAAACCGAAUGCAUGCAUAAUUAUUUCGACUGUCGUAAUGUCAAUCUCCUCCCUCGAGAAGCUUGGUUUCCCAACAGCAAUGUCUCUGUUAUAUGUACAAAUGCUGACAUCUUUCAGUAUGGAUUGGUUGAAGAUUCAGUACGUUACAGUAUCGCUUCUGCAAAUUUCUUUAAAAAAUACUCAUAUUGUCUAUGGUGGGGACUCCGAGGCUUAAGUUCAGCAGGACAAGAACUUCAAGCGAGUCCAUUUAUAGCAGAAACACACUUUUGCAUACUUAUCGGGAUCACCGGACUAGUGCUAUUUGCACUGCUGAUCGGAAACAUGCAACAAUAUCUGGAGUCAAGAACUAAACGAUUAGAGGAGUAUAGGGUGAAACGAAUGGAUACUGAACAAUGGAUGCAUCACAGACACCUCCCACAGGAAAUGAGGGAACGUGUACGCAGACAUGAUCUUUACAAAUGGAUUACAACUCGUGGGGUUGAUGAAGAAGAGAUUAUUCGAGCACUUCCUGUAGAUCUUCGGAGAGACGUCAAACGUUAUGUUUGCGCUGAGUUAGUCAGACGGGUUCCGUUAUUUGAUCAAAUGGAUGAACGAACAGUGGAUGCGAUAUGUGAGAGACUAAAACCUGUUAUAUGCAUACCUGGGACUUGUUUAGUUCGAGAAGAGGAUCAGACGAACGAGAUGCUGUUUAUAAUGCGAGGUCGUUUAGAUUCCUACACCACCGGCGGUGGUAGGUCCGGUUUCUUGAACCAGUGCGAGAUUGGUCCGGGAGACUUCUGUGGAGAAGAACUGCUGACGUGGUCACUGGACCCACGUCCGAGUGUUAUCAUCCCAUUAUCUACACGCACAGUCACCGCCAUUUCUGAGGUUGAAGCUUUCGCUCUCACUUAUAACGAUUUGAAAUUUGUCGCUACACAGUUUCGAAAGCUUCAUAGCAAGAAACUGCGACAUACUCUUAGGGUUCAUUCGCAUCAGUGGAGGACUUGGGCGGCUUGUUUUAUACAAGCGGCAUGGAAACGGUAUAAAACACGAAAAGAGUCGGCAAUGCUCAAGGCUAAAGAGACUCCUCUCACGUCUAAAAGUAGAAAGGGAGCCGGUUUAUCAUUAUUGGCAACAAGCAUAAGAAAGGGUCGGGCAUUUGAUGUUGAUGAUGUAAUUCGAAGCCCAGUGCCAAAGCCUAAGGAUCCUGAAUUUUUAGAUGAUAAGAACGAAUAA